ACCUUUACCAAAGACCAGAGGAGAAUCCUCCAGGCGGCACUCUUUUUAUUUGUGCUGAUUGAUCUACUUGAUCGAACGACUUUAUUGAACUUAUUGUAGUAUUGUGUAUAAAAACAUAUUGUAGUUACAGUGAAAGUGAAAAGUUUUCUUAUAAUUUGUGGGAACCGACUUCAAAUUAACAGGAGUAUAUAUUCAUUAUGUGUUCUUGAAGCAAAAAAAUGAGAAAAUGGUUAAGGAAUUGGCAUCUCUAAAAGGUGCUUAUUCUAAAUUACAAUCUGAUUUGGAUUAUUUGAUGAGAGAAAAAUUUAUUAUUGAGCAACGAGCAAAUAGGGCAGAAAGAGUUAUAUUGGAAAUUGACACUAGAAGUAAAAUAUGUUUGAACAAAAUGGUGGAAGUUUCUACAGAAUUUACUCGUAUAUUUGAAUUGAUUCGAAACACAAAGAUUAGGGACAAUAAUGAAAUAUUUGCUGCUAUAUUUUCAGGUGAUAUACCAAUAACAGAAGAAGUGAAUAAUGAAUUGAAUACUGAAAAUAAUUCAUUGAAGGAUAUAGAAAAUCUAACAGAAGAAAAUAUAGAUGAAGAAAAUGAAAAUUCCAAUGAUCUAUCUUUUGAGUCCAGAGGUGGUAGAAGCCUUCCAAAAAAUCACCAUUUUCCAAUUGCAGAAUCUGACAUAGCAGUAGAAGAGGAUGAUGGAAAUGUGGAAUAUUCAAAUUCACUUGUCGAUAAGAGCGUCCUGACAGUAAUUCCUGAGGAAGAUGAAGAUUCAUCCUACAGUCGAGAAGAAAUCGAUCAUCGCUUAACUUUACUGAAUUCCAGUUCUGGAAACUUAUUUACAGAACUGCCUAAGAGUUUAAGAAGGAGGGAACAUGCUAUCCAAGAGAAUGACUCUUCUAUCACUGUUGAAACUAAUAAUAGUUUUGAAAAUUCAGACGAUAAUGACAAUACACUAAAAGAUGACCAAAAUGCUAGUACAGUUACCCUAAGAAAACAAUCAGAGACGAGCCAACAAAAUUCCCCAAAGCCGACACCAAAACGAAUUUCUUUCAUAAAGAGAAAAUCUAUCGGAAGUCCUGUCCCACAAUCCCUUGAGUGUAGAGGCAGCAAGAGGCGAAAAUCUGACUCACCAAUAUCAACUUUGAAAAAUAAAAAACCAAGAAAAUCAUAUACAGACACACGUAAAUCUUUGGAAGACUUAGGCGAAUCCCAUACCAACGAACAGAGUUCCAGAAUGCUUAGGACAACUUCGAGGUCUUCAUUGUUUCAAACGAAAGAUCUAUCUCAUAGUGCAGUCCAAUCACGUUGUUUGAAUGACUCAGAUAAUUCCUUAGGAUGUGAACCUAUCACCAACAAUGAUUAUAUUCUUAACAAGAGCAAAGAGGAUACAGGAUCCUAUUUAGAAAAGACUAUAACUCAAGGAAAUAAUUCUAACUACAAGGCAGAUUGGCAUAAGAACACUUCAACUCCAAUUCCUACACAGGAACCGCAAUCGAUUGAAACAAAGUUUAAUAAUAGCAAAGUAUGUUCUAGAAGGAAAGAACUUCAAACUAAGCCAUCAACUAGUAAAGACUAUUAUCUAGAUGAGACUGUAGUUUCUGAAGAAUCAGAAGAGGAAUUGUCUCUGAUAGCUCGAAUGAAGAAUAAGUCAAAAUCAACAAUACGAAAAAAAAGAUCCAGGAUUACUUGCAGAGUGGAUGCCGUAAGUAAUGAGAGCAAUUCUUCAGUCGAUGGACAUUACACCAAUAAUAAUUCAGAUGAUUUUAAUUCACAACCCAUCAGAAGAAGCAAGAGGAUAAUUGGUCCAGAAUAUAAUAAUGGACCCAAAAAGAGAUACUGGAAAAUCUUAAUGGGAAUUCAUCCGGAUGCCGAAACUGCAUUGGAAGAAAACGAAAGUUUUUCUUCUCCAAGGAAUAGGAGACCACGUACAAAUGACUCAAAUGAGAUGGUUGUCCAAAGGUUAGCUGAGAACAAAAGGAAAAAGAAGCCGAAAAAACUAGAAAAACAAGGAAGGUCAAGCUCUGACGUCAAUGACACACAACAUUCUUCCCCAAUACAGCAGAAAAGCAAAAAUGAAAACGCAGAUUCGCUAAAUCAACAACAAUCCAAUAGGUCUUCAGAAAAUGAAGAUUUCUCGGAUCAAAGUGAUUCACCGGUUUCUACAAAGAUAAAUAAGAAGAGACGAGCUAUUACUUCAAGCGAUGAUGAUGAAUAUAUGCCAAAUGGAAACAAAAGUAAUGAGAAGUCAGAGACCCAAACUGGUGGUAGUAAAGUUGUUGAUGAGAUCAAUUCUUCAGUGGAUGAUCAUCUCACCCAUAAUAAUUCGAAUGAUUUUGAUUCACAACCCGUCAGUAGAAGGAGCUUGAGGGUAGUUAGUCCAGGUUAUAAUAAUCGACCUAACAAGAGAUAUUGGAAUAUCUUCAUGGGGCUUAAUCCGGAUGCAGACACUACAUUAGAAGAAAGUCAAAGUUUUUCUUCUCCAAGGAAUAGGAGAUCUCUUACUAGUGGUUCGAAUAAGAAGGUUGUCCAAAGGAUUACUGAGAAAAAGAAGACUAAGACACUGAAAAAACUAGAACAAGAAGGAAGGUCAACCUCUAACGUCAAUGACACACAACGUUCUUCCUCAAUACCGAAGAAAAGCAAAAAUGAAAACACCGUUUCGCAAUAUCAACAAGAAUCCAAUAGGUCUUCAGAAAACGAAGAUUUCCAGGAUCAAAGUCAGUCACCAGUUAGUACAAAAAGAAAUAAGAAAAGGCGAGCCGUUACUUCAAGCGAAGAUGAAAGUGCGCUGAAUGAGGACAAAAGAUCCGCAGGAAGAAGUAAAAGGGCAGUAAAAAAAGUUGAAUAUAAGGAGCCCAGUCUUCAUGUUAAGCUCAGGAGGCACUAGAAAUUAUGGAUUUUGAGAUAUAUCGACUAUUCAAUCUACCACAAGUUUAUUUAUUAUGUCAAUGAUCUUUGUUUUGUUUUGUAUAACUUUUCAUUUCUUGAUUAUUUUUCUAGAUACCAAUGAUUAUAUAUAUAACUUUUGGGUUUUGUUUUUGUUUGAUAUAACUUUUGUAUUAUUAGUUUGAAAAUAUAAUGCAACAUAUCUUGAUGGAAAUAUUAGAUGUUUCAUGAUUGUGUCUCAAAUUUUAUCAAAAAUCUCGACUUUAAUAAUUUAUGAAUGUCUUUAAAAACAAUUUUUUCAACCCAAUCGUAAUAUUUACAUUACCAAAUCGAACUCCUGAAAACGAAAUAAUUUGGGGACCUAGAAAUUUUGGCACACAAUUUGGGUCUUUGAUGACAUAUAAUUGAAACUUAUCACAAGUAGUGUUAUUUUGUGAUAUUAUAUAUUUUUUGUUUCACUUAUUGCUUUGUGUUACCUUUUUGUUUAUUUUGUCUACUUGUUUAUACUCAUGUCACCGAUAAAAUAUUUAUUAUGUUUCAUAAUGAGUUUUCAUCUAAAAAUAUUUAUUUUUGAGAAUAUGUACUAUGCCAGAAUAAAUUGUUAUUUUUUCAA